UUUACUUUGACUUGGUGGGGUGUGGCUUUCGUCAAUUCGCAGUUCAAUCGCGGCACUUCCUCGAACAAGGGAAGGGAGGUUUCAAUUUGAGUGACAGAUAAAAAACUCAAUUCAUUCCCUUCACAACCAUAUCUCACAAUCUUUCAUUUCUAAAUCCAAACCUCAAAACCCUAAUUCAAAUGGAAGCCAGAGAGACUUUGAGUUCCAUCAACGGUGAUUUCGAGUUCGGUAGCAGCGAUCGAAGAUUCGCGUUUUCGCGCCAAUCUUCGUUUCAGCAGCAACAACCUCACACGCCAAUUUCCAUCGGUUCGGGACCAUUCCUUUCCCGAACUGAUUCCAGCAUCGACAUCCCCCCGCGUGGCCACCACAACUACUGGUCCGCGCGUGACCAAAAACCCUCUCCCUCGCCGCGGAGAUCGUCUUUUCCUUCCUUCGUUUUCUCCGUUUUUCGAAACAUUAGGUCUGGCCAUAGGUAUAUGAAGAGAUUGUUUUUUAUGAUCUCCCUCAACGUAGCCUACUCCACCGCCGAAUUGCUCACUGGCCUCUUCACUGGCCGUGUUGGUUUGGUGUCUGAUGCAGUUCACUUGACUUUUGGAUGUGGUCUACUCACGUUUUCGUUGUUUGUUAUGGCUGCAUCUAGAAAGAAAGCCGAUCGAGAGUAUACUUAUGGGUAUAAAAGGCUGGAAGUGUUGUCUGCGUUUACAAAUGCCCUGUUUCUUUUGUUUAUGUCAUUCUCCCUAGCAGUUGAAGCACUACAUGCAUUCAUACAAGAUGAAUCAGAGCACAAGCAUUACUUGAUUGUUUCUGCAGUGACCAAUUUAUUUGUAAAUCUCAUUGGUGUAUGGUUCUUCAGAAACUAUGCUCGGAUAAAUCUUGCUUACAGAAAUGCGGAAGAUAUGAAUCACCACUCUGUUUUCCUGCAUGUUCUUGCUGAUUCCAUUCGCAGUGCAGGUCUGAUAUUGGCAUCCUGGUUAUUGUCAAUUGGGGUUCAGAAUGCAGAAGUCUUGUGUUUGGGACUUGUUUCUGCUGCAGUUUUCAUACUUGUUCUGCCUCUCUUUAGGGCCACUGGUGGUAUCUUGCUCCAAAUGUCUCCUCCCAGCAUCCCAACUACUGCUUUUAACAAAUGCUUGAGACAGAUUUCUGCUCGGGAAGAUGUAAUGGAAGUCUCCCAGGCUCGCUUUUGGGAAUUGGUGCCUGGUCAUGUUGUGGGUUCACUAUCAAUACAGGUAAAGAAGGGGAUGAACGAUCGCCCAAUACUAGAAUUUGUGCAUGGUCUAUACCAUGAUCUGGGUGUGCAGGACCUCACGGUGCAGAUUGAUGAUCCGUGAAAGGAUAGCAAGAUUUCUUAUUUAACAGGG